AGUUUGAUAGAAUCUUACGUUUCAUGUUUUAACCAAGAUGAAAGAAGAAUUUUAUUUAGUAACGAUGAAUUAUCCUCGGUUGAUGAUGAUUUUUUACAUUUACCAAGUCCUUUAUUCGAAUAUGCUGCAUGUUUGAAAGAAUUAAAUUAUCCUGUUUUACGUAAGGCUGUUCGUAAAUGUUAUAAAAAACUGGGAAAUGAUGAAUUCAGUAAAAAAAUUAAACCAAAAAUACCUGGCCUAGAAAUCACUCGACAAGCCACUAUAAUGAAAGCUUUAUGUAAAUUAUUCAUGAGAAGCUCUCAUUUAGAUUCGGUGAUUUUCGAUUCUAUUGAUGAUAUUCCUGCUGUAUCAAUAUUUACAAGAGGUCAACCUUCACUUGCGAAUCUCACAAAGCUCGUAGUUCUGAUAACUAAUGAAUCAAGUAACACCUCAAUUCUUGUAAAAAAAUUAUCGGCUAUCUGCACGGGAAUACGUCAUUUAAAAGUUGAAUUAUCUGUUGAUGAUCCGAUUGAAGCUGAAAAUUUAUCAACUUUAAUACGCGCUCAACAAAGUCUUUUAACUUUCGAGUUGACGGGUUUUGCUCCGAGAAUCAAUCCUAUCCUGUCUGCAUUGGAAUCUCAAGCUUCUUCUUUAACUUUUGUAAAAUUUAAUCAUAUUAAUUAUCAAUGGACCUCUCUUGAUGUAUUGGGUAAAUGUACAAACUUACGUACUAUCGAAUUUCACUCCGAAGAUGAAAAAAUCUCUCAAGAAUUUACUGCUAAGGAUUCGGCACCUACCACCGUCACUGGUGCUUCAUACUCUCUUCAAACUUUGAAACUAGUCAAUCAAAUUCCAAAAGUUACUGCUGCUGUUAUAAAGACUGGUGGAAGUUCUUUAAAGAGUCUUUGGGUAAACACGAUGAAUACCGAAGUUGUUCAAGCUAUUUUGAGAUCUACUACUAGAAUUGUACAUCUUUAUUUGGAUGUUGCCGAUAUCCAUGAAUUUAACUUGGAUAAUUAUUUACAAUUGAUCCAUGGACUUAAAUUGUUUCAUCUUCGUCUAUCUUCAACUAACAUGAGAAAUCUUGAUGCCUUGUUAAGAGGAAUGGCUAAGACCGUACCUUCCUCAUUACGUCACUUUGAAUUGGAACAGGAUUAUUCUUUACCUGCACUAGGUGAAUUUUUGUCAAAUUGUCCUGUACCAUUCACUGAACUUUCUUUAUUCCCAAAUGCUGCCAUUGACACUGAAUAUUUAACAACUGUCUUGCGUUUCACCAAAGAAAGAAAAUCUUUAAAAUAUUUACAUCUUAAUUUGUCAUGGGAAUAUGGACUUGCCACUAAAAAAUUCACCAGGGAUAUGGAUAAAGAGAUACAACAAUGUAUUUAUACUAUUGACCUUGAUUUGCUUAGGUGUGAUUAUGAAACACCUAAAAA